AGAGUGCAGCGAAAGCGUGAAAGUUAGACUAAAGGAUUUCUUAAUUUUUGGUGGCGUGAAUUCUGGCCUCGAACAGGAAUUCUCUGUUUAGUAUCGCGAUAAACAAUUUCACACUGUCUCUCCGAGUCCUGCUUCAUAGAUGUUACACGAAGCACGACACAGCCCUUCUCUACAAUACGCGUUUGUUUAACACUCUAAAAACAGGCUUCUAAAAAAAGAAAUGUUCGCAAAUUUGUAUUUCAUUUUACAAAAAGAAACGGCUUUGACACCGAGGUGAAUCAGGCAGAGUUUUAGAAUAGAGAUUGGAAUUAAUAAGCAUUUUGUUUGAAUAUUAAUAUUGGUGUAAGAAUACAUGUUUGUGUUUGUUUAGACAUAUAUAACUGUGAUCUUGUGGUAGUGAAGGACCUUGCAGCGGGAUCUGUAUACAAUAUCUGCACUUCCUGGCUUGUCUGUUGCAGCCCCUCUUCUUGCCCUGUUCACUGAUAGUGUCUGCAGUGCGGAUCACACACACAACAUCCUCGCCAGCCUUGCUGUGCACUUCCCACCAUGCUGCUCCGGCUCAUUCUGCUAUUCUACACGCUGCAAGUUGCAGAUGCAGGACUGUUCCAAUACCCGCCCUUAGUCAGAGCCGAGGUCGGGAGCAGCGUAAAUUUGACCUGCGAUAUCGGGGACUUCUCCACUGCAAAGUGUUUCACUGUCAUCUGGUUCAAACUGCAGUCCAAGAGCAUCCCGACCCUAGAAACUUAUCAAAGUGUCAGAGCCAGUGGCAGCUUGGUAGGCGACGAAAUCGAGAAAACCUGUUCCCUGAAUCUAAACAACGCGCAGGUGAAGGAUUCUGGGACUUACUAUUGCGCUUUUAUUAGGAGCCCAGUCAUGUACUUGGGCAAUGGAUCCACGUUAUUAGUACGAGAACGCUCCGAUGACCUCGCUUAUAUUGAAAUCAUCACCCCUUCAGACGGCGAAGUCCAGUCCAGCGGCGCCGCUACUUUAGUGUGUCUGGUGUUCGGGGUAUCCGAGCCGGCUCGUGUCUACUGGGUCAUAGAAGGAGAUGUCGAACACGAACUGACCGACUCCGGGUCCAGAGAUUCCAGCGAAUCCACUCCGGACUUUAUCAGGAAUCAGAUCACCAUUCCAGGCGAUGUGUGGAGCAGCGGGUCCGUGUGCACGUGUGUAGUGGAAACAGAGAGCGGGCGCGACAUGAGCAAAAGCGUGAGCAAGACCGGGAGCGGUGCGUGUCCACUCUUCCUCUAUGGGUCGCUGGCGGCAGCUUCAUUUCUUCUGAUUACUUUGUUAAUUACACUGGCAAUAUGCUAUCGAAGACAGAAUAAACCAGAUGCGCAUUUGGCAAAUGAACGGGAUGACGUCAAACAAACACCUGUCAGGUCUAAGAAACAAACCACAGGGCAAUGUGAAAACACGGGUUCUGGAGGAAAGCACGCCAGACCGAAGAUAGGAUCAGAGGUCCCGGAUGACGUGCAGUACGCCAGUCUGCAGUUCGAGGCGCGCGGGCGACGGAAAUGAAGACCGGGGCUGGACAGAUUAUUAGAAACACCUGUGUCAUGUAGCACACACUUCUGUGUAACUGCACUGUCCCUCGUAGCGCUCAAUCAUCUGAUAUGCAAAUAGCAGCACCGCUUUGCACUAUGAUAUUUGAAUGUAUCCAAUAAAUAUUUGUAACAAUAUCAAAUAAUUAAAUGCAAUAUAUGUAACCCCUGCUUUAAAAAUAAUUGAAAUACGCAAUACAAAUAAUU